AUGACAUCUUUCAGUGGAUUAGGUAUUGGUUUGAGCCUAGUUUUCGGGUGCCUCCUCUUGGCACUUGUUGCAGAGCUUUACUACUUGCUAUGGUGGAAGAAGAGAAUCACCAACAGAGAGAUUGAAGAAGAUUACAGCAACCAUGCAAAGGAGCUCUUUCAAUUUAGUUGCUGGAAAAAACCCUCUUCUUUGCAGACCAACAGUAACUCUCAGGAGAAUGUUAGAGAACCAGAUGCGAAUCAUAGCAGUAGUGAAUCAGAUUUAGAACUGGGGUCUAGCAAGGAUUUGCUGCUCAAGCUCAAUGGAGAAGAGAAUGUGGAAAUAUCAGAGCUCAUGAGGCUGCAUAAUCUUGCUGGCCCACCUAGAUUUCUCUUCACAAUCAACGAGGAGACAAAGGAGGAUUUGGAAUCUGAAGACGGGAAAUCGAGAGGUGAUAGAAGUAGAAAAGGGUCAAGAACAAGAAGCUUGAGUGAUCUUAUUUUGUCUGUAGACACCCCAUACCUUUCCCCUUUGCCCUCCCCAUCAUUAAAGUCUUCACCUUUGAGCUCUUUGGACUCUUACAAACACCAUGGAUUCAACCCUCUCUUUGAAUCAUCAACAGAAGCUGAGCUGAGCAAGUUGAGAUCUUCUCCCCCUCCGAAGUUCAAGUUUUUAAGGGAUGCAGAGGAGAAAUUGUUCAGAAGACUGAUGGAAGAAGCUGAGAAAAGGGCAGCUAAAAAUUGUGGGUCUGCUCAGGAUUUUGGGGUUAAAGCUACACCCAAUUCAACAAUGGCAACAGAAGAGAAAGAUGGGUCUUUUGUAAGACUGGUUGUUGGUAAGAGCAAGGAAAACCAGAGAGAGCAUCAUCACCAAAAUCUACCACAAAAUCCUCCAAGCUCUUCCAAGGUACUUCCACUGGCUUCUUCUCCUACAAUGUUCAAAUCCACUUGA